GGAAGCCGCAGGUCAGGAGACUUGUUUAGUUUGAGUAGCUUGUUGUGUUGGAGCUGUUUAACCCGCGAGCGCUUUUCCUCCGGCUCUCUUCUCCGCCAUGGAUGAAACGAGUCCGCUCGUGUCUCCGCUGCGCGACUCCGCAGACUUCGGUGCUUUCUCCGCCGAGCCGGCGAGUCCCCGCGGCGGGUUAGGCGGCGCUCCGGGCACGGUCAUCCGCGUCCCGGCUGGGAGUCCCGGGCGCAGCCGGGAGAGGCAGCCCCUCCUGGAGCGGGACCGGGGCGGAUCUCCGCGGGACCCGCACAGGAACGAGUUCCCGGAGGAUCCGGAGUUCAGGGAGAUCAUCCGCAAGGCGGAAAGAGCCAUCGAGGAGGGGAUCUACCCCGAGCGGAUCUACCAGGGAUCCAGCGGGAGCUACUUCGUCAAAGACUCGCAGGGGAAGAUCAUCGGCGUGUUCAAGCCGAAGAACGAGGAGCCGUACGGUCAGCUGAACCCCAAGUGGACCAAGUGGCUGCAGAAGCUGUGCUGUCCCUGCUGCUUCGGCCGAGACUGUCUCGUCCUCAACCAGGGCUACCUGUCCGAGGCCGGAGCUAGCCUAGUGGACCAGAAACUGGAGCUCAACAUCGUGCCAAGGACCAAGGUGGUGUACUUGGCGAGCGAGACGUUUAACUACAGUGCCAUAGACAGGGUGAAGUCUCGGGGAAAGCGACUGGCUCUGGAGAAAGUGCCAAAAGUGGGGCAGCGCUUUCACAGGAUCGGCCUGCCUCCGAAAGUCGGCUCCUUCCAGCUCUUCGUAGACGGUUAUAAAGACGCAGAUUUCUGGCUGCGGCGGUUCGAGACCGAGCCGUUACCCGAAAACAACAACCGGCAGCUCCAGCUCCAGUUCGAGAGGCUCGUGGUGCUGGAUUACAUCAUCAGGAACACGGAUCGAGGCAACGACAACUGGCUCAUAAAGUACGACUGCCCCAUGGACCUAUCAGGGAACAGGGAUAGUGACUGGGUGGUGGUGAAGGACCCCAUCAUUAAAAUAGCAGCCAUCGAUAACGGCCUGGCGUUUCCCCUUAAACACCCGGACUCCUGGAGAGCCUAUCCGUUCUACUGGGCGUGGCUCCCUCAGGCCAAGGUGGCGUUCUCACAGGAGAUCAGGGAGCUGGUUCUGCCCAAACUGGCCGACCCCAACUUCAUCAAAGACCUCGAGGAGGACCUGUACGAGCUCUUUAAGAAAGAUCCAGGUUUUGACAGAGGCCAAUUCCACAAACAGAUCUCAGUAAUGAGAGGACAGAUCCUGAACCUGUCCCAGGCCCUGAAGGACAGUAAAUCCCCCCUGCAGCUGGUACAGAUGCCCCCCGUGAUCGUGGAGACGGCCCGGGCGCCGCAGCGCGCCAACACCGAAUCCUACACGCAGAGUUUCCAGAGCAGACGGCCGUUCUUUACGUGGUGGUAAUGAUGACGUGUCGCUGUGGGCGUGGCUGUGGGCGUGGCUAACCCGAGACCUGCUGCUCUUCCUCAUGAACUGCGCUCGGUACGGAACAGAGACUCAAAGCUUGGAUGACAGGAGCAGAGGACCUCUUCCUUCUUGGCCAUCUUUCCCCCCCAGAACCAAAAUCGGCGAUUCUUGUUGCUCUUUAAAGAGAAGCAUUAUGUUAAUAAAGGUACACACUGACCUGCCAAACUGUGUGCACAUUGACACACACACACACACACACACACGUGCCAUUACACUGUAGCUACACUGAUGGUGGACGUGGGCAUUUCCCUGCAGCUCUGUCUCUCUCCUCUCGCCUGUGCUGUCGCCCUCUGGCUGUGUGGAGGACGAACUGCAUGUCUGUAAAGACUUUACCUAAAAAUGUGCAACUGACAACAACAGCGACAAAAGAAAAUGCCACAAGUUUCUCUGUGUAGAGCUUCUCUCUCUCACAUGGCUUAUGUUUUUUUUUUUUUUUUUUUUUACAUCUUUGCAAACUUUUGUUGGAUUUUUCUGCCUUGCCUAUGUUUUAUUUCUCUUUUUUUUUCCCCCUGCCUACUUUACAUCAUGCGUAUGUACCAGACUGAGCAUGUGCACAAACACUGGAACACCCCAUAUUCCUAAUCUCCCCCUCCGCCCCCAUUAUUCCUAAAAAGCAGGACCUUUUUUUUAUUAUUAUUAUUAUUAUUAUUAACAUCAACGAGUCAACAAAACUGACCUUAAAAUGCCGCGGCGAUGCAGUGUAUAAAUCUGUAUGUAAUGUACUGUAAUGUAAUGUAAUUUAGCAAGAAUAUAUAAGCUAUAACAAA